AUGGCCUCGACACAAGCCCUGUACGACGCGCUCAUCAUCGGAUCGGGCAUGGCCGGCCUCGCAGCCGCCCGCGAGCUGUCGCGUGCCCACCUCCGCGUCCUCCUCCUCGAGGCUCGUCACCGCACCGGCGGCCGCAUCCACACAACGAGGGUCCAGUCGCAGCCCGUCGACCUCGGCGGCUCCAUGGUCCACGGCUUCCGCGAGGGCAACCCGGUCGCAGCCCUCAUCACUCGCGACCUCGACCUCGACGUCCACAUCCCGCAAGGCGCAAAGGGCCUCGUCGUCGGCGCCCAAGGGCCUCUCGCUGAAGCAGACGCCACCUCUCUUCUCGCCACGUCGUCCCAGAACGCGUUUGCCCCGGCGGCAGGCACCUCCCCCGACGCCUCCAUUGCCUCGCUCCUCCUCCCGACCCUCCAGCGCGACCCGCGCCUCGUCGCCCUCGCUCGCACCGCCGAGAUCGGCGCGGGCACCCGCCUCGAGGACCAGGCGGCCCAGUACGCCGGCUUUGAGCAAGGGUUCAAGGGCACCGACGCCUUUCCGCUCAACGGGUACGGCGAAAUUGCCGACACGCUCGUCGCAGACGUCAAGGCCGGCGGCGGCCAGGUGCGGCUCGGCGCCGAGGUGACGAGCGUCGAGGACCUCGGCGAGGGCAACGGCGUGCGGGUCUCGACGCGCGACGGCGACUCGUACACGGCGCGCGCCGUCAUCUCGACCAUCCCGCACGCCGUCCUCCAGCAGAGCCCGCCCACCUUCUCGCCCCCUCUCUCGCCCGCCUUCCUCUCGGCCAUCGAGCGCAUGCGCACCGGCACCCUCGAGAAGGUCGUCCUGUCGUACCCGUCGGCCUGGUGGCCCUCGCCUGCCGAGACGGGCUCGUUCCUCCUUCUCCCGCUGUCCGACGAGCCCGCGUCGAGCGCCCAGACGCUCGCCGACGUCUUUGAGCGCACCGUCAUCCCCGUCGCGUCGUUCGAGCGCAUCGGCGCGACGCCGCACCCGACGCUCCUCGCCUACGUCGGCGCCGCAGCGGCGCAGGUCAUCGCGCGGUACUCGGUCGACGAGGUCGCGGCGGCGUUCCACGAGUACCUCGUCCGUCGCCUCUCGCCCUCGUCCUCGCCUCCUCCACCCUCCUCCGUCGACGCUGCGAGCGCCGCCGCCCCCUCGCCUCCCUCGACCUCGGCACCCGCUCCUCCCGCACCGACGACGACGCACGUCACGACCUGGUUGCGCGACCCUUUCUCGCUCGGCGCGACCUCGGCCCCGACGCCGCUCACGUCGUCGUCGGACGGUACGCGUGCGUCGCCGCUCGACUUCCACAUCGUGAGCCGGCCGACGUGGGGCGGACGACUCGGGUGGGCCGGCGAGCACACGGACGUCGACCAGCACGGGAGCGUUGCCGGGGCGUUCAUCAGUGGGAGGAGGGAGGGGAGGAGGGUGUGCGAGGCGCUCGAGGGGUAA